ACACUCGGCAGCUAUUGUUGACAGUAGUCCUUCGCCGCUGCUCGCUGCAAGUAGCGAUGUGUUCCAUAUUGAUCUUCGAGUCCUCGCGCUAGACUGCGCUCUGUGCCUGCCUGCUUGGGUCGUCAUUUGUUAAACAUUGCAGACGUCGACGAAAGAGCGAGGAGCGAGCGGACAGCAGCGCGCGACGGAUCGCAGCAGGAGAGUGGCAGCAGCGCAGACAGUGUGUCCGUCGGCAUGAGGAUUAGCGUGUGCGGCGGCGGCGUCGGCGGCUCAGCAGCACUCGGCGGCGGCGUCGACAGCGGCGGUGGCUGCGGCGGUGGCGGCGACGAGUCGGAGCAGGAGACAUGGAAGCAGCAGCGGCUACCUCUGCAUCGGCAGCCUACGGCCCACGGCAACGACUCGGCGCCGGCGCUCCAGCGACGCGCCAGGCCAGUGUUGGCCAAACCCUUGACGUCGUGAGAGCUCUACACCAGACGGUGAUAUCGCUGCGAACGGCACUGGACUCGUCGCGCGAGGAACUACGACGACUGAAAGAGACGACAACGUAUCCGAAUCAGAAAUACGGCGAAGCUGUCGAGAGACUGGCCAUUGAGAAUCACGUGCUUCGUAGCAGGCUACUUAGACAUGCUGCUGCGACCAACGGCAAGUGUUCGACCGACGCUGCGACCAGCCCAGCCAGCAGUCUCGUAAAAGCACACAGUGAACGUCUGCCGAAUCAAAAAUCGGACAAAAUGGAGUCCGACAGCACGGAGCAGACGCAGCGAACGAGCGACGAAACCGCGACGACGACAAGUACACGCCAAGACGAGGAAGAAGCCGUAGCAGCAGCAGCAGCACCCGUCGCCAAUAAUCCGGGCAGCGAAGAGAAGGCUGCGACUGCUGCUGGUCUCGCCACGGAGGACAGCGACGAGCCACGGCAGCGGCAACGAACCAGCAGAUUGAGUGGGCAAGGCGCCUCAAACGAGUCGGAAAAUGAAUGCGAAGAGCUCGACGACAUCGAGUUGAUUUUCACAACUGAGGAAACACACCGAGAUGUCGGUCUUCAGGAGGAUCUCGUGUCCAUUAGCGACACUGAGCACUGGCAGCAGCAACAGCGAACACCUACGCCGAUCGAGCCAACGAAAUCAAUCCUAAAGACCAGUCAAGCAAAGUCGGCCGACCAGCUGGAUUCGGUAUCGUCAACGGUUGGCCCAGCGUUGGCGUGCAACGGGACAACGACAGCUUCACUUGAAGAAGCGGCGUCGUCUCAAGGUAGCAGUAUCGACCGCGAGGAAAGCGUCGACAGGUUCGACGAGAGUUCGGCAAGUCGGUUGAACAAGAUGUGGUCGCAAUGCUCAGUGCUCGUCGAGACUGACAUCAGCAAGUGCGGCGUUCUCGAAGAAAUGGAUCUUCAGGCGAAAAACGCUCAGAGAAGGAAUACGUUGGCUGCUCCGCCCACUGCUUAUAGGCCGAUCAUCCACCGGGAAGCUCUGGCGGUCGGCCGGCGCAAGUCGGCGGCGCCCUUGCGGCCAGUGCUGGAUCGCUCGGCAGCGGCCGGGGGCGCGCGCCGCGAGUCCGGCGCCCAGACGGACAUCUCGGCGCUGCCGGCCCAGUGGCGCUCCGAGAGCUACCUCGCGCACAAGGUCGCCCACAGCUUCACCACGCUGCCCAGCAAGUUCGCUCUGCCGAGCGGCAUGCCGUCCGCGCGACUGCGGCUGUCCGACAAGACGAGGGAGGCUCGCCGGGUCCUGCUGUCGGACAUCAGCUUCACGAGCAUGGUGCCCGAGCUGUCCAGGAGCGCCGACCACUUGUGCCAGGAGCCACACAACCAGCCCCCGCAGGCCGGCUGCUGCGGCGCUCGGCCGCCCGGCGCGGACGCCCAGCGCACGCCCGAGAGCAGUCGCCGCGAGCUGUCCUGGGGCUGCCGCAGCGGCGCGGCCUCGGCGCUGCCCAGCCCGUGCGAGUGCCGCUCGGCCGGCGCCCGCUACUAUCGCGGCAGCAGCCUGACCUCGAUAGCGUCGCCCGCCGGCGAGUUCGGCCCGUCGAGGCGCCACUCGUGGCGGCCCAACGCCACGGCCUCGUUCGACGGCUGGCGAGCGGCCGCCGUCCUUCCCGUCAGUCAGACCUGCAGCGGCGCGGCCGGGCCAGGCCAGCUGGCUGGGCCCACUUGGUCGUCGAUGCCCUCCUCGCCGACGCACGUGCAGCCUCCUUCGGCGGCGUUCGUCGCUCGGCUCGCCGGCGAUCCGCCCAGCAGGACCAAGUCCAAAGUCACCUUUCAAGAUUGCCCGAUGAUCCGCGGUAGCCUGCCGAACCUUCGAAGCGAGUCGCUGGGUGAAACGAGCGGCGAUUCCACGGAAUCGUUGCUCGACGAGGCAGAAGAUUACUUGCGGCGUAGCAUCGAUUCGAUGCUCACGAUAACGAGUCCUCGCGGCGAAUCACAGCACCAGCAGCACCAGCAGCACCAGCAGCACCAGCAGCACCAGCAGCACCAGCAGCACCAGCAGCACCAGCAGCAGCACAGCGCCAGGAGGAGGCGGGCACGUCGACACUCCGAGCCCGACAUGCUGCGCGAAUGGCGCCCGCCCCAGCACGCCAGACCUUACUUACCAAAGACAGCUCGCGAUCUCAAAUUGGAUCACCUGGUUAAGCUGAUCUCUCCGGAGGGCAGAAUACUCCAGGGUCGAGUGCGCUACGUGGGACCUGUCACUGGCCGCGAGGACGUUCAUGUCGGUGUGCUACUUCCUACCGACAAUGGCAACUCCGACGGCACUUUUCAUGGCAGGCGAUACUUUGAUUGCAAGCCGCAGCAUGCGGUCUUCGUGCCGUUCAAGAAGGUCGUGUUGGCUUGGUGCACCACUUGACCCGAGGUUCAACCGCUAACGCCAUUGCCACCGCAGAUAUUGUUGUCUCAACACACCGUGUAAACUGGAUAUCCUUCUUCGAGGCGCAUGGGCUAUUCGAUGGAUCGUUCGCUUUCUUUUGUGUGUAGCUAGACAAUUCACAUUAUUGCAUCCAGAGAUUCCUUACGCGGGCGAGCUUCUGCUGUCGAUCGAUGUUGACCAUUGUGCACUUUCGCUCAAUCGAUAUGUAUAUAUCUAUAGAAGACACUCGGGCAAAGCAGGGUACCUCAGCGUUAUUAUCAGCAAUAAUUUCAUUCGGAUACAUCCUAUUCAAAUAUUGACCACGGAUUUUUAUUCUUUUUGGAAAAUCCUAUCCAAUUAUAUUUUGCUCAAAAUAUUUCUAUGUCAAAAACUCAUUCUUAGAGACAGUAAUCAUAAGAAGCCAACUUUCAGAAUUUAAAAAAAUCCAGGCAAAACAGGAUACCCACGAAAAUCGGCAAUCACUUCCUUCAGAGGCACGUGAACCACAUUCUGACAAUGGAUUUUUGUUUCUCUUAAAAAAUCUAUCGAUUUAAAAUUAUUUUAAACUGCUCUGAAUUUCUCUCUGUUUACGUACGCUGAGGGCAAUUUGUGGAUAUUUAAUUAAUUUAAAACGAGAUUGAAGCAAUAUUUAUGAAAAAGGAGUAUAUACCUCGCUUUGCCUAAAAGUCAUAUUCUUAAACUUUUUAUAUUAAAGUGGGUAGAGUUGAUAGAAAUAAAAUCUAAACAGCGUUGUAAAAACUGUAAAGACGUACUAAAUUGAUAGUUACCUAUGCUCUGUUUAAGCUUGAAGUUAAAAUUCGUUAAAAUUGCAAAGACUUUGGUAAAAAUGACGCUCUUUGUUCAAUCUGUAAUGCCGACUGAGUUUUUGUGCAACCAGCCGGAUCUAUACCCUUGAAGAGUACUUGUAAGAAUGCUGUUGGUCCGGUGAUGCGAAAGUAUUUUUAAAAAAAUCAUAGAGCUACCCUGUUUUACCUGUAUCUCCUAUAUGUAUAGGGGGGCGUGAGCAUAGAUGUUUGUACGAUCAUAUCGAGCCGCGCGCGAUCGACUUAUUCCCAUCAUGUAUGUACACAUGUGCGUAUCCAAUGAUGGGACGUCGCUGAUACGCGCGACAAGCAAGACGUGAGUACGUACAAUGUAUAUUUGACUUUGAGCAGGAUUGAGUCAUUGGCGGAUGCGCUGCUGUUACUAUGCCAAUGAUUGCUCUGCCUCGUGCGUAGGUACGAUGCGACGCUUCAAUUAUCUUAGCGCAUUUUUUGAUGUGCCGUGUUUUGCGAACAAUAUAUAGCUUUUCUGCAAUCGAAAGUACAAUUCUAACGCAUAUAUUAUAAUCUAUAUAUAUUUUUGAUGUAUUCUUCUAUAAUUUUCAAGAUAUCAUGUGUAUACAUACGUGUGUGCCUUUUCACAAAAAAGCUUCUCCAUUGAUUUCGCCUAAGACGACGAUAGUGAGUUUCCAAGACUACAUUACAUUUACUAGUUAAUAUUUUCCCUUCUCGAACAAGAAUGCAACAAACCAACAUAUGACCUCGAGGAUACACGUGAGACUCGUCGAUCCGUCAAAGACUUGAUCUUGCGCAUGCUAGAUAGAUAGAAGUGGCUUUCGCGAACAACAAAAACAAAUAUAUUUGUGAUCUCUGUGAGUGGCUCGCGAGGAAAAGCAUAUAUACAUAUAUAUUUACAAAAAUGCGACGCUGUAAUAUUUUUCUGGUAAGUGCGCACGCGCCGUUACGCAUCACUUGUAGUUCAUGUAUGAAAAAAAAAAAUAUAUAUAUACAGGGUGUCAAUUAAGUCCCGGGACGCCUGAAUAUUUUCUGAAGUACUUCAGUUCUGAAAAAGGUCAAGGUCAUUCCUUUAGUAACAUUCAACGCGGAAUCCGAUGGUGACCUUGGAUUUGACCUUGAGAUUAAACUUCAAGGUUAUUUCAAGGUCAACUUUAUUUUUUUAAAUGGGAACCCCUAUUUUUGACAACGGCAAUCGAAAGAGCGGAAAAUUUUACGUCCAAAACGGUAUUUUUAAAUUUUUUUCAUGGCCUUGAGAAGGUCGAUUUAAGGUCAAAUGCUUGAAAAACUGCCUAAAAGCGUUUUUUUAAUUUUUAAGAUAUCGAAAAAUGACCUCUACAAAAUUUGUUCAGAACAGAGUGGGCCACCCAAUGCACCAAAAACCUUUGACCUUUAACCUCAUUUUGAAGGUCAUUUCAAGGUCGAAGUGUUUUUUGUAAUGGAAACCCCUAUUUUUGACCCCGGAUUCGCAUAUAGCGCGAAAUCAGAAAGAAACAUUCAAAACGCAGUGAGUGGAAAAAACUUAUCCGGCAAAAAAACUGUACCUAUGUCUCUGCUUGCUCCUCAUUUAAAACAACUUGACUUUCGGUUUGGAUAACCCGUUACUUUAUUAUUCAAACAAUCAAAGGUCAAAGAUAAGGUCACUGUAACAUGCUCUCAGUAGAAUUUAAUAAAUUUAGCCCGAAACAUUUUGUAAAUGUUUCGCGAAUAAUAUUGGAUCUAAAUUUCACAUGACCUUAGCGAUGAACGUCGUGGAUCAAUCGAAACUCAACGUAAUACCUUAUCCAAACGUCGGAUUUCGCGCUAUGUGCUAAUCCGGGGUCAAAAAGAGGGGUUUCCAUUACAAAAAACACUUCGACCUUGAAAUGACCUUCAAAAUGAGGUUAAAGGUCAAAGGUUUUUGGUGCAUUGGGUGGCCCACUCUGUUCUAAACAAAUUUUGUAGAGGUCAUUUUUCGAUAUCUUAAAAAUUAAAAAAACGCUUUUAGGCAGUUUUUGAAGCAUUUGACCUUAAAUCGACCUUCUCAAGGCCAUGAAAAAAAAUUUAAAAAUACCGUUUUGGACGUAAAAUUUUCCGCUCUUUCGAUUGUCGUUGUCAAAAAUAGGGGUUCCCAUUUAAAAAAACAAAGUUGACCUUGAAAUAACCUUGAAGGUCAAUCUCAAGGUCAAAUCCAAGGUCACCAUCGGAUUCCGCGUUGAAAGUUACUAAAGGAAUGACCUUGACCUUUUUCAGAACUGAAGUACUUCAGAAAAUAUUCAGGCGUCCCGGGACUUAAUUGACACCCUGUAUAUAUAUAUAUAUAUAUAUAUAUAUAUAUAUAUAUUAAUACGUGUACGAGGUGGAAAAAGCAAGUUUUUGAGUACCUGCAGUCAAUUGACAGUUGUAAUCCUUAUACGAUUUGACGAGCACGUACGCAUAGACAACUUGCAGUUUAUUAUAUAUAGGAUUUAUCGUUGUGUAUAACGUUCAAAUAAUCAUUAAAAACAAACUGAUUGUACAAAAUUGCUCAAGCAAUGACAGAGCGCAUUAACAUGUAGUAUUUAAUUCAUUGCCAAUUUACUGGUGUUCCAACAGUAUUGACUUUGCAGAUUAACAACAAGCCUUGAGUCUUCCUUAAUUAUCUUUCUUUAUCAUUGUUUUGUUAUCAACUUUUUUUUUCAAGCAUUCUCAAGAAUGCAAUUAAUUUUGUAUCUUUUACAUGUAGCUUAAGCAACUUUGUUAUCUCAAUAUGCACUUUGACACUCACUAGCUUUUAGUUGUCUGCGUUUCAUUCUAAGUACUUGUUUUACUCAAGGGCUGUUCAAACAAAAACCUAUCUAGCUGAUAGUUUUUCAUAAUCAAAACAGUCUAUCUCCAUUAAAAAAUCUUCUAUCUAUCUAUGUUCAAUGUCAAAAAACUGUAAUAUAAUGAAACAAGUCCAGUACAUCUUGCUCGACCGUUAUACAUAUUUUCGAGGAGCUGAUGAUGGCUACAAAGAAAAAAUUAACAAAUAAAAUAUACAACAUAUGAUAUAACAGUGGAUAAAUCUAUUAUAUAUUAUAUAACGACAAGUAAAAAGAAGCAGAAAUUUAAAUGUAAAGCUGUUUAAAUGUGACGUAGAAAUGAAAAAUAUCGAUACGAUAUAUCUGUUCACGAUUGUUGGCAUUGAUUUUGAAAUAACACUCCAUAAUAUAUGUAGAAAAAAGACGCAGCUUCCAAGUUUUUUUCUUAAUGUGUUAAUUCGAUAUAUUGGCAGAGCUUUUAUCCGUAGUAUUCAAAGUAUCGAAGCGGAUAUGUCUAUUGAUUAGAAAAUGUUUGAGGAAUUAAUGUGCCCGCCAAACAGACUUAAAUUAGCCAAGUGUAAAAAUGAAACUGUUCGCGCAGGCAAAUCUUUGUUGUAUUGUGGUUAGCAAUCGAGCAUAAUUAAUCGUUACCUAGCUAAUUUGUUGAUUUUGAAGAAUAUGAUCUGUACAGAUUGUAAGUUGGACCCAAAGAGAUAUAUUGAUUACGAUGAUUUGAAUUAAAAUUUGAGUAUGUUCGUGUGAUUAUCUUCUAUUAGGUAAAUAAUGACUCCAAUUUUCUUGAAAAAAGAAAACGCAAAAUAGGUCGAAGGACGGCGUUACGUAUGCUUUCCAACGAUGACACGAGGAUUGCGCAGUUAUUUUUAAAUUUUUAUUUAAUUGAUUUUUCGUUUACGCACAUGCACGGGUGUAUUUCAAAAUCGAAAUAUCCUCAAACAUUGAAAAAUCGUUGAAUAAAUUAAAUAAAAAGAAAUCAUGGUCGUCGUUCCGUCGCUGUGUAGUGAUUGUAUAUCACAAAGGGAUAGCUCACGGCUGAAAACGAAGUGUACCACUAUGGAGUGAAUAAAAAAUAUUAUUAUCGUAA